AUGUCUGAUCCAACACCAGAUCAAGAAAAUCAACAACAUCAUAAGCGAUUUAUAGAGAGCGAUGCCGGUGAUGGUACACUUCGAGAAGAGCAGUAUUUACAUGGAUUUCAUUUAAUAGCAUGCUUUAUUGCUAUAUUUUUAUGUAUGUUCCUAGCUGCCUUAGAUCAAACUAUUAUAGCAACUAUAUUAACUACAGUGGGGAAUAAAUUUGAUAGUUUUGAUAAGAUUGGUUGGUUAUCUUCUGGAUUUUUAUUAACUUCAGCUGUAUUCAUUCAACCCUUUGGUAAACUUUCCAUAAUAUUCGGAAGAAAAUAUACUAUGUGUGUUUCAAUUAUUAUAUUUGAAGGAGGUUCAUUAAUGUGUGCACUUUCAAAUUCUAUGAAUGUCUUAAUAGGUGGUAGAGUUCUCGCUGGAGUUGGGGCUGCAGGUAUUCAAAGUCUAUCAUUUGUUAUCAUUAGUGAAAUAGUUCCUAUUGAGAAAAGACCUAUUGGAAUGGCUAUUAUAAGUUGUGUAUUUGCUGUGGCAUCAGUAUUAGGUCCUUUAAUUGGUGGUGCUUUCACAACUCAUGUAACAUGGAGAUGGGCUUUUUUCAUUAAUUUACCAAUUGGAGGAUUAGCUCUUGCUUUUCUUCUUUGGGCUUUCAAUCCACCAAGGCCAAAAGUUAAUGUAAGGCAAGAAUUAAAAAAAUUUGAUUACAUUGGUAAUUUGUUAUUGAUUGCUGGAUGUGUAGUGUUCCUUUUAGCUCUAACUUUUGGAGGUAAUAAUUAUACUUGGAAUUCUGCUGCUGUAAUAUUAUGCUUUGUAUUGGGUGGAUUGCUGUUACUUGUAUUUGGUUUCUGGAACAUUUAUUUAUCCAAAGAUCAAAUCUUCCCAACUGAAAUAAUAAAAACACCCCAAAUUAUAGCCUCAGUUAUCACUAUUAGUAGUACUUUUGGAUUCUUCAUUACCAAUAUUAUAUUUGUAGCAAUUUAUUUUCAAGUUAUUCGUGGGGUAAGUGCCAUGAGUUCAGGGUUACAUAUCUUACCAAUGAUUAUACCUGUUGUUUUAUCAAGUAUAUUCUCUGCUGUCAUGAUUCAAAAAUUUCAUUAUGUGAAGCCUUUUGCUAUAAUUGCUGGAUUUCUUGCUCCAAUUGGAACAGGUCUUUUAACCUUAUUGGAAGUUGAUUCGAAUUUUUCUCAUCAAGUAGGAUUAUUAAUUUUAAAUGGAGUUGCUGUUGGUCUUCAAAUGCAACCAGCAAUUAUUUCUGGUCAAAUAAGUGCUCCAAAGUCACCUGGUAGCACUAUUAUGGUAACUACUAUAUUAAACUUUGGAAGAUGUAUAACAGCAGCACUUGGAUGUGAUUUAGGUGAUGCUGUAUAUACUACAUCAUUAAGAAAUAUAUUUUCUAAGGCAAUACAAAAUGAAAGAAAUCCAGAAAUCCUUCAGCAAUUACAUGGUCUAGACAUGUCACUGCUUAUUUCAAAUAAUGAAGUUCUUCAGCAACUAUCACCAGAAGCUCAAUUUUUUGUAAAAACACAAAUAAUGAAAGCACUCAGAAACGUUUUCUAUACAAGUAUUGGUUUUGCAUGUAUAACUUCAAUUUCAUGUAUAUUUAUUACAAAUAAGAAACUACCAAAGAUUAGUGGUAGACGAGUUGCGAGUGAGGAAAAAGAGGACCAAAGCAAACAUGUUGCAGAGCUGUCUACAGACGGCGAAAAUAAAGAUGCAGACGAAUACGAAGAUCGCAAUAGUGACCAAAUUGAGCCAAUAUCUUCUGAGUCGCCACCACCCAAUAAUGCGGAUCCGAAGUUUUCCUAA